UGGGUCGUGCGCCGGGUUAGGUGCUUGCUGCAUUUUCCGAGGUUCAGGCUUUGGCGAUUGUGGACUCCUACUCUGGCAGCAUGGCUGAGAAACGGCGCAACGAGGACGCCCAAGCUCGGCGACUUCCCGACUCCUUCAAGGAUAGCCCCAGUACAGGCCUUGGACCUUGUGGAUGGAUUUUGGUGGCUGCCUCAUUCCUGUUCACACUUAUAACUUUCCCAAUAUCAAUAUGGAUGUGCAUAAAGAUUAUAAAAGAGUAUGAAAGAGCCAUCAUCUUUAGACUGGGUCGUAUUUUACAAGGAGGAGCCAAAGGACCUGGUCUGUUUUUCAUUCUGCCCUGCACUGACAGCUUCAUCAAAGUGGACAUGAGAACCAUUUCCUUUGAUAUUCCUCCUCAGGAGAUCCUCACUAAGGAUUCGGUGACCAUCAGCGUGGACGGGGUGGUCUAUUACCGCGUUCAGAAUGCAACCCUGGCUGUGGCAAAUAUCACCAAUGCGGACUCAGCCACCCGUCUGUUGGCACAAACUACUCUCAGGAAUGUUCUGGGCACCAAGAACCUUUCUCAGAUCCUCUCUGACAGAGAAGAAAUUGCACACAACAUGCAGUGUACUCUGGACGAUGCCACUGACGACUGGGGAAUAAAGGUGGAGCGUGUGGAAAUUAAGGAUGUGAAGCUGCCCGUGCAGCUCCAGAGAGCUAUGGCUGCUGAGGCAGAAGCAUCCCGGGAGGCCCGGGCCAAGGUUAUUGCAGCUGAGGGAGAAAUGAAUGCAUCCAGAGCUCUGAAGGAAGCUUCCAUGGUUAUCACCGAGUCUCCUGCGGCCCUUCAGCUCCGGUACCUUCAGACACUGACCACUAUUGCUGCUGAGAAAAACUCAACAAUUGUCUUCCCUCUGCCCAUAGAUAUGUUGCAAGGCAUCAUGGGUGCAAAACGCUGAGCCAUCUAGGUCAAUGCAGAGAUGAGCUCUGAACUUCCAAGGAUGAAGUAGGGGACCAAAUUAGCCUUCAGCUACAAGGAGUAGGGCAGGGAGCCUUAAUUAUCCUCCCUCUUUCCUUUUCUGUAUGUCAAGAAUGGGGUUCUUAGAAUGUAUAGUGGUCAUAAAAACAGAUGAAAGAAUUGAUAGCGUGUAAAUACUGAGAGAGAUUGGUGAUUUAUACCAUAAUCUACUCUAAAAUAUUUAAGAGUUUGUAUGUGUCAGUAAGUCUGUCGUAGGUUAAGUCCUUCUUUCCACUUCUGUUGAGUGGUUCUGCACCGUCUCAGCAGCCAGGCCAGAGGUGAGAAUGUAGUUCAGAACUGCCCCCUGCCACUCCUGGCGGACACAUGAUUUGCAGAAAGUGACAUCCUCAUGCUACAACCAGCCCCUCUGGGCCAUAUGUGCCUUACCUCCAGGGAAUCUUUUGAGGACAUUUUCCGUAAUGUCUGUUUACUUUCUGAACCCAAACCAUAUUUCAAAGUGAUGCUCAUUGGAUAGUAGGUAUUUUCUUGCCUACAACUGUCAAAGCUUGAAGGAGGUGGUCAGGAUUAAGGAAGACAAUUACCCCAACCCAUCAGGGACUUUUAAAUUCACUAUUGGGCAGCCCCUUUGAAAAUAGUAGGUACAUUUUUAUCUUCUUUGAGCCGCCUUCAUAAGUAAAUGAUUCCUCUUUCAAACCAGCGAAAUAGUGAUCAUAAAAACAAUAUGAUCAUAAAAACAAAAGUGCUUUUCCUCACUUUUGCCUAUUUUCAUAUAUCAUGUUUUGAAUAGUUUUGAUUUUUUAAUAAAAGUUUUCUCUAAGUUCUAGGAACAAUUGUUAUAUACACAUUUGAAACACUAAGGACUAAGAGACUUUUUAAAAAAUAUCUUCAGAAAACUAUUAUAUUUUACUGUAUGCAUGCUGUUAACUGGGGUACACUGUGAAAUAUCCUAAUUACCAAUCCCAUUCAUUUUGCCCUGUAAGGAAUUCGCCAUAUAUUGUAAUAUCCAAUGAUCUGGGGCAGACCCUGUCGAGCUUUGGAUAUCCAGAUAGAUGUGAGACUUUCGUUUGCCUGGUUGUACUUUUCUUUACCACAUGUGUCAGUGCUGAAAGAGGAAGGGCUCAGCCCCUUUGGACCACAAUGUCUUAGUCUGUAACAUCUGGAAGCGCCUCCAUUUUGCAAGUGCCUGUGAAUUUGAGCAACCUGGCCUGAAAGCUGGCUGGUGACAGUUGCAACACUUCCUCUCUGAGGCUUUAAACUCACCUCCAGAAGUCUUAAAAUAACAGCUUCCUUUCCCAGCUCCACUCUUCAUUCCUGCCCCUAGCAAAAAGUACUCUGUCAAUCCCUGCCUGAUGUCACUUCCCCUACACCCCAUUUCCAAGCUUAUUUUAGAAAGCCUUGAACCCAACUGUCCAGGUUCCUAGCUGAGUUGGUAGGCAGCAUUGCAGCUCAGGACUCCAGUUGCAUUUGUAUUUUGAAUUUUAAGUGAUGACAUUGUCAGUUUUGUGAAGGGGCUCACCCUUGGUCACUGAGGACCAGGAAACCCCAGAUCCCGAUGAGAAUCUCUUCUCAGAUAGAGUAACGGUGCUCUUGGUUCCAUGAGUUUCCCUUUCUGCAGAUACCAAACGACCUUCGCUUUUCUGCCUUGUCACUUCCUAGCCCACUAGACUGCAUGGUGCGGGUGGGGAGCAUAUUAAUAGCUCUAGGAUGACAGCGCCGGAGCAAGGGUUCUUUCCACGCUGCCUCCCCUCCCAGCAAUGUACAUAAUAAAGUGUGCAAUCAAACUCA